UUUCAAUUCGGAGUUAAGGCUCAAGGGCAGCUUGACUGCGGUUGAACUUUACGUACAAUUGAUCAUGGCUUUCUACAAUAUUUAUAUCUUCUGCCACGAGUUACCUGCAUCAACCAUUGCGCAUAUUUCAUAAAUAAACUGUUACACCUAAUAUUAACUGUGCUGUAAAUAAUAAGCUUUGUACAUCACAGUAAGAGGGAGGUGUGUGGACAUCGGUGGACAACUGCAAAUGCAAAAGGAAAAUGGAGGAACAAACGGAAACUUUGAGUACGGUUGCAAUUACCACAGUCUCUGAAGCUGCAACAGGUAUCCCAUCUCUUGCUCCGAAGAGUCCCCUUAAGACGGAGGUGAUACUUCAAGACAGCCCUGACAAUGAAACGAGCGGGCGAAGUGAUGGUGCUGCAUCGCCACCACCCAACUGCAGCAUCUGUCUUGGAAAACUUGUGAACAAAUCGUUCACCGACAGCUGUUUACAUCAAUUUUGCUUUAGCUGCCUCUCACAGUGGUCAAAAAUAAAAACAGAGUGCCCUCUGUGUAAACAAACAUUCAAAUCUAUCAUACACAAUGUUAGAUCCGAGGAGGAUUAUGACCAAUAUCAUGUGCCUCGCCAGUUUGCCGCUUUACCUCCCCCGCCAAUGGCAGCUACACUGGAUGUUAAUUUCGACUUGGUUGGUGUCAAUCUUGGUGUGGGAGUCCGGAGGUUCAGCUACAGAACAACCAUGCAACCAAAUCGUCGUUAUGGUGUUAUAUUGAAUCCAGAUCAAGUUGCAAGACGUGAGCAAAUCCCAGCCCUCACCUCGUUAGUCUCCCGGGGAGAACUUAGACAUAGACGUACAAAUCCUGUUGAGUAUCGGCGUAAUGUCUAUCGAUUUGGAAUGUGGGCCACAUCUCUGGCUGACAUAUUUGGCAAUUUCAGAGAGUGCAGCGCUGAGUACUAUCGACGAGAGCCAAAUCAGUUAAAUCGAAUAAUACCCUGGCUGAACCGGGAGUUGCAGGUACUGCUUAAUAACAAUGCCCCGCAUAUAGCCUAUGUUAUGCGUAUCAUUGUGGAAUCUCUUACUCGUUAUGACUUGAGGAGUCCUGAGUUCCGGGAUAUUGUUCGCCCCUAUUUUGGCAUUCAUACGGAACAUUUUGUACAUGAAUUACUCAACUAUGCACGUACCAACUUUGAUUUGAUCGGUUACGAUCAGUAUGUUACCUAUAUUCUUCCGACUCAUGGAUUGUCAAAUGAAUAUGUACCUCGUGUGACGUCUCCAAGUUCCAGCAGUAGCAGUACAUCCAAUGAUUCUGACGUUCAGGUGGUCGAUGAAACUCCUGAUUUGAAUCCUUUGAAUGCAGGAAUGCCCGGAGUAGGGCCUCAUCUUGUCACGAUGCCUGGACCCAGUACGGUGGCGCAAGCUUUUCAGGAGCGUGCAAUGUCUCCCAGGAUCGUCUUGACAAUUUCAUCAAGUUCAUCAGAAGUGUCUGACGACGAAUGUGAAGUCGUCGGUUAUGUAAAACCUCGACAUGAAAGGACUCCAGAGAUCAUUGACCUGUUGUCAUCAGAUGCUGACACUACACACGUAACUAAUUUUGUCGAUUCGGAAUAUGGCGAUCACCACAGCAAUGGGUUACAAUCGGCACCGAGGCAGUGUGGAAAUUACGAUGCGUCAAAUGAUCGAACUGUUUUACUUGAUUCUUCGGGUGCACCAACAUUUGAAGAGAUCUACGAACCUAGCACUUCUACGAAUAGAAAACGAAGUACACUACGAAGUAGCAACCGAGUCAUUCCGAAAAGGCGAGUUCCUGAUACAACGACGUCCGACAGUGAUAACUUCGAUUCGGAUCUGGAUUAUAUUCCAUAUGGUAACGCCAAAUCCAAGAAUACGUCGAAAACGUCAGCGACUACUUUGAAGAGUCAGAAAACUUGUAAGCGGCGUGUUAGUGGAUCGAAGAGAGUCAGGCGGUGCGUCGAUCCAAUGAUGUCCAGCAGUAGUGAUUCUGACGACAGAUGCGAUCGACGCGCAUAUAAAUCGGUGUCUAUCUCACCAGAGAGUGAAAAGAGAGGGCGUUCGUCCAGUCGUAGCGAUUCUAGUCCGGACGGACGUGACGAGCGACAAAAAACUGAAAGUAAAUCAAAGUCCGCGCAGUCCAAGAUACGGAAUGUAAUAAAAGUUCGAAAGGAUUUGGUAAAAAAGGAAGAAUGGAACAGCGAUGAUUGCGUAGACAGCGACGUAUCCACAAGGAGUGAUAGCAGCCCAGAACGGGCCUCCCGCAGGGUUGAUAAGUCCGGAGCGAGACGACAUCGCCUCAUCAGAGAUCCAGAUUCGGAAUGUAUUGCCAAGAGGCGCGAGGAUAGCAACGACCCGGUUUUGGAUAAAAAGCAGACUGAAUCGAAAUCUAAAGUUGAGUAUCCUUCAACCGAUUCGGAUAGAAAUUCAUUGAAUAAUCGUUCGGGUAGCCAAUCUAGCUUACGGUCCAGAAAAGCGCACGUUGUCAAAAAAAAAUCAAAGCACAAAGACAAACGGAAGGAUAAACGAAGUCGUAGAUCCGAAAACAAGUGUUUCGUCCCCAUUGCCGUUUCAGAUUCAUUCCAAGCUGACGAUUCUAACCCGGGCGUUUCAACAGCUUCCGUAACUUCGUCCACCAGGAGUGAGGCGCUCGUUCCGCCCAAGUAUUCAAAUUCCACAAAAAGUCCCAGUUCGAGAGAGAGACGCAGAACCCACAAGAAGCACAAGGAUUCCAAGAAGUCUCGCAAGAGAUCCAAAAGUAGUUCGAAAUCAAGGUCCAAAAAAAAGAAGCGACGCACCACAUCGUUAACGAGCUCGGAAUCGGGACGAGAUCAACCACCCGAGCAUUCUUAGUGACCCUUAAAAACUCAGGAUAUUCCAACUGGUCAGAUGUCAUACCUGAUUAAAGUGUUUCGUUACUUACCUACUUAUUUCGUCGCUAGUGUUACCAGUGAAAAUAUUGCCCUUUUAGAUCAUAGAGCUGUUACCUUUGUCACAGCUCUUGCACGGAUUCGAACUGCUACAAUGACGUAUUCAACUGCUGUAACUUGUUCAACGUAUAUCAAUUAUAUCGUAUAUAAAACCGUGUUUGCAAUUGAUUAGAAAUUGGUGGAAAACUUCUAUUUUUGUAAAUGUCACAUACGUACAGAAGUGACGAUGCCCACUUCCUUUCUCCUGGGAUUGUUGUCAUACGUGUACGCGCAUAAUUAGGAUUGAAUCGAGGAAACCAUAGAAUUGUGCCUAGACAAUGUUUAUAAUUUUCGAAAGAUGAAUUCACAACUUUUUAUUUAUUAUACUGUACAAAAAUGAAUGUCGUGCGUAGGUACGGAAGUAUGCAUACUUACGUAGCGAACGGGAGAAAAACUUCUCGAAUGCAGAGAUAGCUAUGUACAAUAGACUCGGUUGUUUACGAAAAAUGAAUUCCCUGGGAAUUGAAUGCGUGUAGAAGACUGCAACAAUGAGAAUAAUCGGAAGGAUGCGGAUUAAUAUUUUUAAGUUUUAUGUCUUGAGUUUCGAGGUACACAUUGAAUACCAAUGGUACGAAUGUGAAGGCGUAACGCUACGAUGAAUUAAUGUAAUAACGCGACGUUACUCAUAAGUAUCGAAGUUCAUUACGAAUAAUGGAUUAUGAAUAAAUAGAACAACCAAUGACGAAUGGAUUAUAUAUUAAAAGAAAACCAAUGAAAAAACUAAUAAAUACGAGUUACCUCAUGAA